AGUGAUACCGGAAGCCAGGAGCUUCCUGUUCAACAGAAAAACAGCGGGUUUUUCCUUUAGCGAGCGGUAUAUUACUCUCAGGAAAUAAGGGCCUAGGAAGCAGGCUUAUUGCGACUCUGGACCCGGGCACUUUGGCAUUGUACAUUAUAGCUGUGAGGGGUCCGAGAAACACAGGGUGUGAGAAGGCAGGAAGACCAUGUCCAUGUGUGCUCACGGCCGAAGUCCUGCUCCAAGGAAAUCCAGGUGGCUCUGUCUGACUGUGCUGCUGCUUCUGCAGCAAGGGAACUGGGGUCAGAUCACGGUGACCCAGAGCCCGAAUGUGGUUGUGUCGAGGCUGAAUCACAACGCCACUCUGGCCUGCAGGUUCUCGCACACCCGAAAACAGGGGGUGACCGGGGUGAUCCUGUACUGGUACCACACCGGGCCCAACGGGCAGGACCUGUACGCCUACCCCGACUCCCAGGCUCGGCCUGAGUACAAGAACCGGGUCGUGGCCCUUGACAGAAACAGCACCUCGGAGAACAAGUCCGUGGUUUUGCAGAACGCGACCUGGAGGGACAGCCAGAGGUACCGCUGCAUGCUGUCGUACGAAACGCUACAGGAGCCCCAGAGAAAGAGAGGAGGAGGAGUUCUGCUUCUGUUGCACGAUUCUAUGACCUUUGACCUUGCCCCUGGGAUGGUGAGCGAACUGCUGUGCUCCGUCAAAGUGUCCCCGGACCCCGGGUUCCUCCUGAGUGUGUUCCGGGAUGGCGUGCACGUUCUGACUGCCCAAAACCACACCCCCGCCCCCCACGUCACGCUGUCGCUCCUCGUCCCCGUCGCCCACAACAUGGAGUGCCGGCUCAAUCACAGCUCGGGCUUCAUCCUGAGAAAGACCUACUCCAUCCAGCCGCUUCCCGAGCCAGUCUUGCUCUAUGUCGCCAUACUGCUUGUGCCCUUCAUCGUUUUAGUCAUCUCCCUGACUGCAUAUCUCAUCAUGAGAUCCAGGCGUGUAAAAAGUCGCGGAGAUCGCUAAUAUGCUGACGCAACGCUAAACGAGCCGGGAUCACCUUCAGCUGUUUGCCUGCGUUCACAUAGCCAAGGAGAGAUCUGCUCGUCGCGUUCACGUCUGCUGUCAAUCUAGGAGUGCCUGGCUGAAAUGAUGUUACUGUGGAGAAAAAGUCCUGACCCUCACCUGCACUGCAGCCAACAGGACAGCCCCCCGCCUACAUACAGGACAUGAUUCAAUCCACCACGCCAGCUCGACCACUCCGCUCUGCUGCAGCAGGGGUAACUUGCACUCCCUGCCAUCCGGGUGAAUGGUUUUCGCUCAUCCCUGCCACGGAGCUUCUCCACCCUAGCUCCCCAGUGGUGGAACGACCUCCCUGUUCCUCUACGGACAACUCGGUCAUUCCCCAUCUUCUGCCAUGGUCCGAAGACACAUCUCCUCAGGCUGUACCUGGACUAACUAUCACUACUCUGCAGGGCGCUCCCAAUCCAGGAUCACUCUUGUCACCUAUAUCCUUCCACUCCUGUAGCACUUUCAUGAUACACAUGCACCUCCUGUACCACUUUCAUAUUUCAUGUAGCUCCAUCCAGCACUUAAUGUCUCCUCGUUCGACUUAACAUUACCCUCUGACCUAGCCUGUGCUUACUGCGUGAACUGGACUUAAUGUGUUCAUGGCUAUGAAUAACUGUUACAUAAUGAGUAUUGUAUCUUAUCGGACCUGUGUUUUGUAGUUGUUCCAAUGACCUUCGGUAUGCACUUAUUCUACGUCACUUUGGACAGAAGUGUCAAAUAAAUGGAAUGUAGCGUAAUUAGCCAUCAGCCUGUAGUUUUUUUCGGUUUAACUUGUCAGAAGCAUUUUUUGAAAAUCAUGAUCAUGUCUAACAGUACUGACAUCAUCUUAACUGAUCAGCCAGCUAAUACUAUAACUGUACAUAGAAAGCUGCCUUUUUAGUGCAAGAGGGUUAUUUUUUAGAGGUAAUUGCUUUUUUAUAGACAAAAAUAUUCAUAGUAGAUACUACUGUAUAUUUAAAUAUCAAUGAGCAAGACUUUUUUUAUUUCUUUUUUUUUUUACAAAUAAAUAAUCAUAAAACCAAAUAAAAAUAAUAACGCUAUUAUGCAGUCUUUGACAGGUUAUUGUUUUUUGAGGGGCAUUAUGGGUAUUCUGACCAUGGAGAAAGGCUACUAAACCUAGUAUAGCAAUGAACAAUGUCAAAAUAAAAGUGUUGAGAUUUAACAUGCCA